UGCAGCUGAUCAAGUAUAUGGAGACCAAGAUAUGCAUGAAGUUGUCCGUAAACACUGCAUGGACUACUUGGUAAGUUUCCUUCUUUCUUUGGUUGCCAGUCAGAUUUCACCUGUUGGGGUUUUUAAUAAUGAAAAUGUGAACCUCUAAUUUCAGACAAAAAAUGCAGACUACUUCUCGAACUACGUGACAGAAGACUUCACCACGUACAUCAACAGGAAGAGGAAAAACAACUGCCACGGGAACCACAUCGAGAUGCAGGCUAUGGCAGAAAUGUACAAUCGACCAGUGGAAGUUUACCAGGAAGGCACAGGUGUGUUGUUCAGUAGUGGGCCAUGCCAGGCGCAUUAUUAGCAGAGCUAAUGGUCCUCUGUACUCAGUCAGUAGAGCAAUGGCGCUUGUGACGCCAGGAUAGUGGGUUCCAUUCCCAGGACCACCCAUACGUAAAGAUUUAUGCAAGCAUAUGACUGUAAGUUGCUUUGUAUAAAAGUGACUGAUAAAUAGUAUAUAUUAUAGUAUUAUUACUGGUCACAUUUUGUAAUUUUGGAGUGUUAUGGCUUUGACGUGUAGGCCUACUUGAGAGAGAUUACUAAUAGGUACUGUGAGUAAUUGGACUGUUUUUCAAACAGAACUGCCAUUUUAAUAUUGAUUUAACGUCUAGACAAUUUGGGCAUUAUUGUUUUAAAUUGAAUAUCUUCUGAAUAAGUGUGGACAUAGUAGUGCACUGCAUUGAUCAUGUAGUUCUGUUAACUCUUCCCCCCCCCCCCCCCCUUCCUCCUCUUCCAGAACCAAUCAACACGUUCCAUGGCAUUCAUCAAAACAAUGACGAACCAAUCAGAGUCAGCUACCAUCGUAACAUUCACUACAACUCUGUGGUGAACCCCAACAAAGCCACAAUUGGAGUAGGGCUUGGGCUUCCUGCUUUAAAACCAGGGGUGGGUACCAACAUCUUGAAAAGAAAGACUGUUUUUAGAUGUGUAAAACAUGCAAUUUGAGGACAACUGGUAGAGUAAGUGUUAUGUGGGCUCAUCUAUAAGAGAGACCUUGAUCUCAGCAUGGCUCCCUGUCAGAAUAAAGGUUAAAUGUGCAUUCUGGAGAAUGUCAUUAGGUGCCCUUGAUUCUAAUUGAUUCACCUUGAUUCACCUUGAUUCACCUUGAUUCACCUUGAUUCUCCUUGAUUCACCUUGAUUUACGAUGCUAGAGAUGAUGGCCCUGUUUACGACGGUGUGACUGUCUUCUUCCUCUGUGUGACUCAGUUGACCCCUCUGUCUCUCUAUAUGAUUGUUUGAAAGCACUGUUGCCUAAUCGUUGCCUUUCAGUGCAUUGACAUGUUCCAAUUGGCAGCCUGCAUUGCCCCUGAGGCACAGACACAUUGCAGUGUCAUUUCAGUGACGAGCAGUUUAUGUUGAGUUCAUGAUUAUUUGAUUUAUUGACAUUAACCAAUUAGCAGCUGGCUAGCAUUGUUGUUAGUGUUGUUAUCCGUUCCAUUGCCUUUUCCUGUCUUAAACAGGUGGUUGUUAUCAAAUUUGACUUAAUUGAUUAGCUGCAUAAAGUUAUAAAGGCGUUUUGGAUGCUGCAUUGGUUGUGUAAUAGUGCAAUUGAAAUCUUUCAUAACCGAAUCAUUCUGAGAUCUUGUGACUUUCCCCUGACGAAAUGGAUGACGUCCAUGGGUCCGUCCAGACACAGUCAGGCAGCCAGGCGGACUCAGUCAGUGGGAGAGAGGUGACAGUCUUUGGGUCAUCAUAGCUUAUGAUCCCUGCGAGACAAGAGUGUCCCACUUUCAGAAUACAUACACAUCAAAGGAAGGGAGGCUGAGCUCAGAGAGGGGCAACAUUCCACACGUCCCUGUCUCUCUGGAGGAGCCUAUUAGCAGUACACUGUUCUGUUUGUGUUGAGAUGCCUAAUGAUAACACUACCAUGGUCAACAAGCAGCGCAUCAUCCAUGAUGAAUGACCCCACAGUAAUUAGAAAACACUAGCCUGGGCUCCUUGGCCAGGAAAACCACUGUAGCACUCAACAAAAUAGCUGUUUUUUUUAUGUUAUUGUAUUUAUUGAAGAUUCCUGUUUUGUGUUGUUAUUGGUUGAAUGUUGGCAUAUGUCAGUGCCAGUUUGAGCCAGUUAGAAGCAGCGAUGUUUUGAUUACAACACAAAUGUGGAUGGAGAGUCUUAUCUACUUCAUUUUCUUGAACUUUCUAAUUUGUAAGGGAAAAGACGUAUUGUCUUAAUAGUGUCAUUGGUUGUCAGUAAACAGCUUCAUAACAUUGCGGUUGUCAUGAAGUGCUAGCUAGAUAACAAUAGCACUGUUUAGGUAUCUUGGGUACUCAAAGUGCUUUAGAAGCACAUCAGAUGUUAUCGGUAGGCCUAAAGAGUUGUUAUUAGUUGGGACAGCUGUGACCUCUGUGUAUUGGGCGCAUUCAUCAUAUUGAGCAGCCUGUUUGGCAGGGCAGAGAACCAUACCGUUAUGGUGAACAGACUGGCAGUCGGACUGUUCAGGCUCUAAGGACAUGUAGUCUACCAUAGGUGGAGCUCCCACAGAGGGCCGCACGCCUAGCCAUCCCAAUUAAGCCUUAGAUUAAGACACGGGCAUUGUUUCCAAGGAAGGCUGGAGGCAGUUUUUGCAUUUGCGCGCACAGAAGCUCUUGCUCACGGACAAAGAUAUCAAAGACCUGGAGUAAUUUCUAGACGGAUAGCGAAACCUUUUAUUGAUACCCAGCAGACUAAACUUGUCAAAUCUCCUUGAUAAGGUGUGAAGGAUCUGAAGAUUUUGCCUUGGUUGUUAUCCAUUGUCUUGGUUGUUACCCAUUGUCUUGGUUGUUACCCAUUGUCUUGGUUGUUACCCAUUGUCUUGGUUGUUACCCAUUGUCUUGGUUGUUACAUAUUGUCUUGGUUGUUACCCAUUGUCUUGGUUGUUACCCAUUGUCUUGGUUGUUACCCAUUGUCUUGGUUGUUACCCAUUGUCUUGGUUGUUACAUAUUGUCUUGGUUGUUACCCAUUGUCUUGGUUGUUACCCAUUGUCUUGGUUGUUACCUAUUGUCUUGGUUGUUACAUAUUGUCUUGGUUGUUACACAUUGAUACUUGGUUGCACAUUUCCACUAGGGCUGGGAAUUGCCGGGGACCUCACGAUACGAUAUUAUCACAAUACUUAGGUGCCGAUACGAUAUGUAAUGCUAUUCUCACAAUUCUAUAUGUACAUAUUGCUCACCAUAUGUCUGCUGCAGAGGGAGAAGAGAGUGAGCCAUGAGAAAAUGAGUUUGGAUCCCUAUUUAAAAAGACGGAGACUACUGGAGUCCCAGCCAACUAGUGCAAAAAUAAUAUUGCGAUAUUGUCAAAACGAUACGUUAUAUAAUCAAAAAUAAUAUCCCGAUAUGGAACUGUAUCGAUUUUUCAGUUUUAUGUCCAGUUAGUGACCCCUGACCUAUCCGGUUUUAUGUCCAGUUAGUGACCUCUGACCUCUCCCUCCUUCCCAGCAGUAUGUAGACCAGUCGCUUAUGAAGAACGCUAUUAAGACCUCUGAGGAGUCGUGGAUCGAGCAGCAGAUGCUGGAGGACAAGAAGAGAGCCACGGACUGGGAGGCCACCAACGAGGCCAUCGAGGAGCAGGUGGCCAGGGAGUCCUACCUGCAGUGGCUCCAGGACCAAGAGAAGCAGGCGCGCCAGGUGAGACAAAAUGUGCAAGUACAGUUGAAGUCGGAAGUUUACAUACACCUUAGCCAAAUACAUUUAAACUCAGUUUUUCACAAUUCUUGACAUUUAAUCUUAGUAAAAAUUCCCUGUCUUAGGUCAGUUAGGAUCACCACUUUAUUUUAAGAAUGUGAAAUGUCAGAAUAAUAGUAGAGAGAAUGAUUUAUUUCAGCUUUUAUUUAUUUCAUCACAUUCCCAGUGGGUCAGAAGUUUACAUACACUCAAUUAGUAUUGGGUAGCAUUGCCUUUAAAUUGUUUAACUUGAGUCAAACGUUUCGGGUAGCAUUCCACAAGCUUCCCACAAUAAGUUGGGUGAAUUUUGGCCCAUUCCUCCUGACAGAGCUGGUGUAACUGAGUCAGGUUUGUAGGCUUUUUCAGUUCUGCCCACACAUUUUCUAUAGGAUUUAAGGUCAGGGCUUUGUGAUGGCAACUCCAGUACCUUGACUUUGUUGUCCUUAAGCCAUUUUGCCACAACUUUGGAAGUAUGCUUGGGGUCAUUGUCCAUUUGGAAGACCCAUUUGCGACCAAGCUUUAACUUCCUGACUGAUGUCUUGAGAUGUUGCUUCAAUAUAUCCACAUAAUUUUCCUUCCUCAUGAUGCCAUCUAUUUUGUGAAGUGCACCAGUCCCUCCUACAGCAAAGCACCCCCACAGCAUGAUGCUGCCACCUCGUGCUUCACGGUUGGGAUGGUGUUCUUCGGCUUGCAAGCAACCCCCUUUUUCCUCCAAACAUAACGAUGGUCAUUAUUUACAUUUAAGUCAUUUAGCAGACGCUCUUAUCCAGAGCGACUUACAAAUAGGAAAUUAUGGCCAAACAGUUCUGUUUUUGUUUCAUCAGACCAGAGGACAUUUCUCAAAAAAGUACGAUCUUUGUCCCCAUGUGCAGUUGCGAACCGUAGUUCGGCUUUUUUAUGGCGGUUUUGGUGCAGUGGCUUCUUCCUUGCUGAGUGGCCUUUCAGGUUAUGUCGAUAUAGGACUCGUUUUACUGUGGAUAUAGAUACUUUUGUACCUGUUUCCUCCAGCAUCUUCACAUGGUCCUUUGCUGUUGUUCUUGGAUUGAUUUGCACUUUUCACACUGAAGUACGUUCAUCUCUAGGAGACAGAACGCGUCUCCUUCCUGAGCAGUAUGACGGCUGCGUGGUCCCAUGGUUUUAUACUUGCGUACUAUUGUUUGUACAGAUGAGCGUGGUACCUUCAGGCGUUUGGAAAUUGCUCCCAAGGAUGAACCAGACUUGUGGAGGUCUACAAUUUUUUUUCUGAGGUCUUGGCUGAUUUCUUUUGAUUUUCCCAUGAUGUCAAGCAAAGAGGCACUAAGUUUGAAGGUAGGCCUUGAAAUACAUCCACAGGUACACCUCCAAUUGACUCAAAUUAUGUCAAUUAGCCUAUCAGAAGCUUCUAAAGCCAUGACGUCAUUUUCUGGAAUUCUCCAAGCUGUUUAAAGGCAAAGUCAACUUCGUGUAUGUAAACUUCUGACCCACUGGAAUUGUGAUACAGUGAAUUAUAAGUGAAAUAAUCUGUCUGUAAACAAUUGUGUUGGAAAAAUUACUUGUCAUGCACAAAGUAGAUGUCCUAACUGACUUGCCAAAACUGUAGUUUGUUAACACGAAAUUUAUGGAGUGGUUGAAAAACGAGUUUUAAUGACUCCAACCUAAGUAUAUGUAAACUUCUGACUUCAACUGUACAUGGCAGAUUGAAGAGCAUUUCAGUGACACGUUUGGUUUAUAUGAGUCUAGUGUCCAGUAUUGAAGUGUUUCAGCAGCUGGCAUGUGUUUUAAUGAGGUCCCUGUAUCCCUCUCCUCCUAGCCCCGUAAGGCUAGUGCCACCUGCAGCUCGGCCACCGCAGCAUCUUCUAGUGGUCUGGAGGAGUGGAGCGCCCGCUCGCCCCGGCAGCGCAGCUCAGCUCCCUCACCGGAGAACACUGACCCCUCCCACUCAGACACAAGCAACAAGCCUCCCUCCCCUGCUGGGGCAGCCCUUAUGUCGAAGCCCCCUUCACCUUGUGCCCCAGGUUAGUCACUGUGACAAACCAUCAGAAGUGCCAUGAAUCAACUGAGAUGGUGGUGUAUCAAAUGAACAUUGGAAUCUUAGGGUUUCAUCUUUGUAAAGAAUCCUGUUUUGAUGAUGGGAAUCUCUCUCUGCCCCCUAUUCUAGGUCCCAGCAACCAGGCUUGUGUUGGGCCUGAUAGACCCACCUCCUCCUCUCUGAAGUCCCUGUACCCGGCACUGGAAUACCGUGCUAUCAUGAAAGAAAUGUCACCCACAGCCUUCGGUAAGAUAAUCACUGGCUCUUUCUUUACUUAAAGACUUACUCAAAUGAAUGCAUUCAAUUCAAUUCAAACAACUUUAUUUGUCCCCUUAAGGCAUUUACUACUGUUGCUGUUCUAUGUUAUUUUAUUUAUAUGUUAUUCAUAGAAUAGGUAGUAUGGUCAGUUUGAGAUGUAAUAUUUCAGUUGGGAUAGUUGUCAACACUAGCAGCAAUCCUUAGCAUAAGGCAUAUCAAUCACAGUGUUGUAGACAGUGUUAUUACACAUCCUCUGUUGUGAAGGCAUGGUGCUGUAGCUGCUGCUGGACUGAAGACACUUGAAUAACAACACAUAUACUAGAGAUUAGUGGGGGUAAAAAAACAUACCUUUCACACUGUAACCUAUCCUAUCAUUAACAUGUAUCAUCAAAUCAUUUUUAAUUUGAUUAGGAUCCCAUUAGCCGAGGCCAAUGGCGACAGCUAGUCUUACUGGGUUCCGACACAUUACGAAAAAUACAUUACAGACAACAUCAUUUACAAUUUACAUACAUUUAAAAACAUGUAGUGUGCACCUAUCAGAUACACGUACAUGUAGCUUUAAAGUAUUUGGGUCACCAUAGGACAUUUAUUUUUGAUGAUAAUUUGUCAUUAUGGUAUGUUCUAUCGCACAGCAACUCUGUAUCUGAAAGGAAAAAAUAAACAGGAAAUCAGAAGAAGAAAUGUAAGAACGUAGAAUAGUAGAAACAUGAAACAAGGGUGCGGUGCAGGAGCAAAGCUGAGAACAGAUGCAAUUCACCUGAAAUGACCUCCCUCUCAUAUUGCUUGGUCGUGAUUGGGUGCAUAUACUGUCACAUUCGUAUUUGUGUACAAGCUUUUCCCAACACAAAAACCAAACAAAAUCUUAUGUUAACCACUGUCACUAAUGUGCAGAAUAUAAACGGCAAAUAACAAUAUUUUGUAAACUAGUAAUUCCAGUACCCCUCUUGAUUUAAAAAUAACUAGCAGGUUUUUUUUCUCUCAAGUCCUCUUUUACAUUAGAAUGCUAGAAUGUGUAUUUUUCAUUUUCUCUAUGGUGUAGGCUUAACAGACUGGGAGGAUGAUGAGAUUCUGGCGUCAGUCUUGGCCGUUUCACAACAAGAGUACCUUGACAGCAUGAAGAAGAACUCAAUGCAUAGAGAACCCUCUCCAGACAGCAGU